AUGAUCAUAGCGCGGUUCUUUAACGGCCUGUCUGGAAGCGCGUUUCUGAGUGUCGCUGGCGGCACAGUUGGUGACCUCUUCCACCGGCAGGAGCUCGCGGCCCUGAUGAGAGUCUAUACUGCGAGCCCGUUCAUUGGUCCUGAGAUUGGUCCUCUAGUUGGAGGCUUCAUCAAUACAUACACCACACGGUACCCCGCCCACAACUCUGGAAGACUGAGUCCCGUCACUGACUUCGUAGGCGCUGGACAUUUUACGUUCUCAUAA